AACUGCUGAAUCAUGUUUAUAAUUUGAAAUCAUUCCUUAAGAAAAGCAAUACGCCACCAACUUGGAAAGAUAUCUAAAAGGCAUCUCUUAUUGCGCUUAAACUUUGAACCUCUGAUACGUAAGAGGACAGGGUUCCAAAUCCACAUGCACUGUUCCUGCCUUAUAUAAGACCUUUGCCUCUGCUGUCCGUCCUCGCACAUUCAGAGCAGCACCACUCAGAGCUUAACCAUGAAAUUCGUGGCUCUUGCACUGACCAUCCUCUUGGCUGUGGGUUCCCAGGCCCAUUUCCUGCAGGCUGAUGCUCCUUCUCAGCUGGAGCACUACAAGUCAGCAGCCUUGGUGUACCUGACCCAGGUCAAGGAGCAGGCUCAGAAGGCCCUCGACAAUUUGGACGGAACCGACUAUGAGCAAUACAAGCUGCAACUUUCAGAGAGCCUGACUAAACUCCAAGAUUAUGCCCAGUCCACCUCCCAGACUCUGACUCCAUACGCUGAGACCAUCUCCAACCAGUUCCUGGAGAACACCAAGCAGCUGCGCGAGCGUGUCAUGACUGACGUUGAGGACCUCCGUUCCAAGCUGGAGCCCCACCGUGCUGAGCUGUACGGAGUACUGCAGAAGCACUUUGACGAGUACCGUGAAAAGAUGGAGCCCGUCUUCCAGGAGUAUGCCAACCUGAACCGUGAAAAUGCUGAGCAGCUGCGUGCCAAGCUGCAGCCCCUGAUGGAGGAGAUGAGGCAGAAGUUCGAGACCAACGUUGAGGAGACCAAGUCUAAACUCGUGCCGAUGGUCGAGGCCAUACGCACUAAGCUGACCGCGAGUCUGGAGGAACUGAAGACCAUGGCCGCCCCCUAUGCUGAGGAAUACAAGGAACAGCUGAUGAAGGCUGUCGAGGAGGCCAGAGAGAAGCUUGCCCCACACACCCAGGACCUCCAGACACGCAUGGAGCCCUACAUGGAGAAUGCCAGGGCCAGGUUUGCACAGGUGUAUGAAACCAUCUCCAAAGCCAUCCAGGCAUAAAAAGGCACAAGGACUUUGCACACUCAGAUCCUCAGGCAACAGCAAAGAACAGAUAUUCUUGUGUUUGGUUAUGGAAGGAGUGUAGAUGCAAGGGUUGUGUUAUGAAUGUUUAUUAUGUUCAAGUUAAAUAAUCUUUGAUGUAAUAAUGCAAACAAAUAAAAUGCAAAAAAAAAAAAAAAAAGUUCUUUGUGUCAAUGGCAUCGUCUUCCAUUCUGAAACAAUAUGGUAUAAUAUCCCAUUACAGUUUUUAUAUUGAACAAUAUUAUCAUUUAUUUUAAAAAAAAAGGUAACUAUCAGUGAUUACAAAACAUUUCCUCAAUGUAUAAAGCUCUUCACAUAAAGGCAUCAGCUGAUCCUUAAUUUAAUAAAAUACAGAAAUAAUAUAACUGCAGCACUUUCCAGUUAAGUACAAUUUUGUAUCACUUGGAAAAGUUCUGAAAGAAACAUUUUAUUUUGUUUUGGAGAUUGUAUGUAUGGGAAAUGACCUUUAUAAAAGCGUACAUAAUGAGGAUUAUACUUCAGGGUUUGUUUGAAAAUCUUUGAAUUAACACUGAAUACUGAAAAAACUACUAUUCAUAUUGUGAGGGUUUCCAUUGAUCUGCAAAGUAGCAUCAAUUACUAUAUAAACAACAUACUGUCAGUUUAAUAAUAAUAAUAAUAAUAAU